AAGAAGAAGAAGCUGCUGCUGAUUAUGCUGUCGACGAAGAAGAAGAGGUUGACGACAAAGCGGUAAAGCUAUGUUCAAUGGAAACUGAAAGCGACCUCGGUCUCUCAACAAGGCGUCUUUGACAGUAACUGAUCUCAGGCAGAAGGAGAGCAGCUUGCAGUUUGUGGAGAAGAGCAGGUGAAGCAGGUGUUGACGCAUACAAAGUCAGGAGGAGGACUGGUUCACCUGAGGCCAUAAGGAUCAGAGAAAAAGAAGAAGGAGGACACGAAGAGGGCUGCAGAUGGCUGGCUUUCUGGAUAAUUUCCGCUGGCCAGAGUGCGAGUGCAUCGACUGGGGGGAGAGGAGGAAUGCAGUGGCUUCUGUCGUCUCUGGAGUUCUGGUCAGUGGCUCUAGAGUUCUUCACAGGCUGGUGGAUCAUGAUUGAUGCAGCAGUGACCUAUCCAUCCCAGGAGCAGAUGAAUCAUGCAUUCCACACAUGUGGUGUCUUCUCCACUAUAGCAUUCUUCAUGAUAAAUGCAGUUUCUAAUGGCCAGGUGAGAGGAGACACAUAUGGAGAGGGCUGUCUUGGCAGGACAGGAGCUCGUCUCUGGCUGUUUAUCGGCUUCAUGAUGAUGUUUGGUUCGCUCAUCGCCUCCAUCUGGAUCCUGUUCGGUGGCUAUGUGGUGCCCAAGAAGGAAGUGGCCCCUGGGAUCGCUGUGUUCUUUCAGAAUGCCUUCAUCUUUUUUAGCACUUUGAUCUACAAGUUUGGCCGGACUGAGGAUUUAUGGGGUUAGAGUGUCUGUUAUGACUGUCUCUCUCUCUCACAAACACACACAUGUAUACAUGCAAUCUUUAAAUAUGUUUUUUAGAUUGAUAGUUUGAUGCUCCUCUCUCUUUUUAAAUUUUUUAUCUUAUUUUGAUCCAUUUCAAGUGUCAGUUGAUGUCAUGUGUUCAGUGUAUUGAGGGUUACAGUGUAAUUGACUGUAGUGAAAGGGAAAACAGCAUUUAUUUAUUGACUUAAAUAGAUGUGACGGUGAACACACCACCACAGCAGCUCCUACUGUAUGCUUUUAUGUGAGUUAAUUACAUGCACUGGAUGAUGAUGUAUUUGUUGUUUUUUUAUGGGUCUGAUUCAUAUUGGGGCCAGUUUCCUUUUGACAGAUAGGUCAGUGUCAUUCUCUCUCAGGAGGAUUUGUGUUUUUAUAGCUUGUUAGUAUUCAAUUACUUGAGAUUUUUUUGGUUGCCAUUUAAGUAUACAACAAAACUUGUGCCACUCUCAAUCAAACUUAGGUAGUAACAGUAUUAAAGGACUUGUAAUGUAUUACUUUACACUCCUUGCUAGUGUGACAUACUAUGUGCAUCGUGUCAUUUUCUAUGUAGAAGAUGUACUAUUACUCUAAAGCUUUGCAUGGAGUAAAAUAUGGGGAAAACCUUUGGAUUUGGGGUAUUCUCUACACCUUUUUAAUCAUUCGUCUGACUUGUCAAGAGCUUAAAAUGUGAAAAAUAAAAUGUUUUACCUGAGAA